AAACCUUCUUCUUUUUUCACCUUUUUGCAGGCUUUGCACCUGAAUCCCAUGAUCCGUUGGGUACAAGGAAGAAGAGGAUACUACUCUCCAAGUAGCGAAAAUCCACAAAUUCCCUCUCCGGCUCGCGCGCGCGCUCUCAAUUUUUUGGGGGAAGAGAAGAUCUCCCCUUGGAGGGAACCCCGCCCAAGAAUGGCGGGUCUCGGCGGCGGAUGGGGCGGCGGGUACGACGACGACGACGACUGGGGGCUGAGCGCGGAGCAGCUCGACCAGCUCGAGCGGGACGCCUACCGCAAGCUCGCCGAGCGCAAGGCCUCCUCCUCCGCCGCCUCCACCGCCACCUCGCCGCUCCCCUCCGCGGCCUACUCGCCGGUCAAGAACAGCCACCACCACCCGGCAUCCAGGGUUUCCCAGGAGUCUUGCUUCGGCAAGGUAGAAUCACUUUCUCCUUCUCGGCUUAGUCAACCAAAUGCAUCGGGAAAUGCAGUUAAUAAUAGUCAGGGCAAUAUGUCUAAGGUAUCAGUACAUCUUUUCCUUCAUUCUACUGGUGUGAUCGCAGCGAAGUUCCAGUACCACCAGAAACUUGUGGAUGCAGUUCACAAGAUCCCCAAAGCCAGCUGGAACGGGAAGGAGAGGGUAUGGAUGUUCCCACACUCAUCAUUAUCAGUAGCAGAGGAAGUUCUUAGUACAGUACCUGGAAUAGCUGUUGAGGUCCAAAAACUGGAUCCGCUGGUUAAGCGCGCACUAACUGCUUCUUUAUAUGCCGGAGAUCUUCGAGAUUUGUAUGGCAAGAUUCCAACUGAUGUUGAGUCAAAGCUUAUGCCGUUUCAGCGUGAAGGUGUCAGGUUUGCUUUACAGCAUGGUGCCAGGACCCUGAUAGCAGAUGAAAUGGGUCUUGGCAAGACAUUACAGGCAAUUGCUGUUGCUUCUUGCCUUCAUGAUGCCUGGCCAGUUCUUGUAAUCUCUCCAUCAUCCUUGCGAUUACAUUGGGCUUCUAUGAUUCAGCAUUGGCUUAACAUCCCCACGGAAGAUAUCUUGGUGGUGCUACCACAAACUGGAGGAUCAAAUAAAGCAGGAUACAGAUUGGUAUAUUCAAAUACUAAAGGGGAUUUUAAUCUGGAUGGGGUGUUCAAUGUGAUAUCUUAUGAUGUUGUUCCCAAGAUAAAGGACAUGCUUCUGGACUUGGAUUUUAAGAUUGUUAUAGCUGAUGAAUCACACUUUCUGAAGAAUGCCCAAGCAAAGAGAACAAUGCAUUCACUUCCUGUUCUGCAGAAAGCUAAAUAUGUGGUUUUGCUAAGUGGCACCCCUGCGUUAUCUCGCCCUAUCGAGCUGUUUACUCAGCUCCAGGCAUUGUAUCCAACUGUAUACAAGAAUGUUAAUGAGUAUGGUAAUAGAUAUUGCAAAGGUGGCUUUUUUGGGCUUUAUCAAGGUGCUAGCAAUCAUGAGGAGCUUCAUAAUUUGAUGAAAGCAACUGUCAUGAUCCGCAGGUUGAAGAAAGAUGUCCUUUCACAGUUGCCUGUUAAACGCAGACAACAGGCCUUUCUGGAUUUAAGUGAGAAAGAGAUGAGACAUAUUCGUGCUCUAUUUCAUGAGUUGGAGACUGUGAAGAUCAAAAUCCAGUCCUGUGACUCCCAGGAGACGAUGGACUCUCUCAAAUUUGCUCAAAAGAAUCUUAUUAACAAGAUCUACAAUGAUUCAGCUGAAGCCAAAAUUCCAGCAGUGCUAGAUUACCUGGGUACUAUAAUUGAGGCCGAGUGCAAAUUUUUAAUAUUUGCACAUCAUCAAUCCAUGCUUGAAGCUAUUCACCAACAUCUCUUGAAAAAGAAAGUUAAGUGCAUAAGAAUUGAUGGUCAAACACCUGUACCUGUAAGACAGACUCUAGUCACAGAUUUCCAGAAUAAGGAUGACAUCAAGGCAGCAGUGUUAUCCAUAAAAGCUGGAGGUGUUGGGUUAACUUUGACAGCAGCAAGUACAGUAAUCUUUGCUGAGUUAUCAUGGACUCCAGGUGACCUUAUUCAAGCCGAAGACCGUGCCCAUCGUAUUGGUCAGGUUUCUUCGGUGAACAUAUAUUACCUUCUUGCAAAUGACACUGUGGAUGACAUUAUAUGGGACGUUGUUCAAGGCAAACUUGAGAAUUUGGGACAGAUGCUGGAUGGGCAGGAGAAAACGCUGGAUGUGUCCCAGAGCGACACUAGGCCCAGCCCUUCCAAGCAGAAGACGCUCGACGCCUACCUCAAGCGAUGCAGCAAUUCCACAGAAGCUGAUCAGCCCAAGCUCAAGAACCCUAGGUUCUGACAUUUCUCAGGGUUUUUAGCUCUACUAUGUUUUUGUUUGGCAAUUGGCAUGACCCUCUUGCCUUAAACGAAGGAAUGCUGCAGUGUCAGGUAGCUGUGUGUUGGUGUUAUGAUCACAGCCAUGCUGUAUUUUGUAUUACCCAGCUAAAUGCCCGUGCGUUGCAAUGAAAAUUAAGAAUAAC